CUCCCAUGAAAGAGCCCAGUGUGUGCUGUCCGUGAGCGCGUACGAGUCGAGCGUGUGAGGGGCGGCUCCUCCCCAGACGCACGCACAUCGACGAGGACCAGCAGACUGAGGGGGUGUGCCGCGCUCUGGACUUUGGAGUGUGCGCUCCUCGGUGUGAAGGGUACAAAGUGUGUGUGUGUGCGCGCGCGGGCAGUGAGAGGCCAACUCUCCAUCUGGCGCCUGAGCGCUCCCUCCUCGCAGAGCCCGCCAUGAGUGUGUGUCGCCUCGCGCUCCUCGCCGCGCUCGUGCUGCUCCCCCUAGGAGGAGAAGCGAGCGCCCAAGCCGCUCUGCGCUGGUGCGCCGUGGCCCCGCUAGAGAUGGACAAGUGCGCCGCCAUGUCCCGGUCGCUGUCCGCCGCCGCCGUGACCCCUUCAGUGCGCUGCGUGGCCGCCGAGUCCCCGACAGACUGCGCGCUCAAGCUGCGGAAUAAUGAAGUAGAUGCCUUCUCGCUGAGCUCCAAAGACAUUUAUACCUUGGGGAAGGAAACAACCUUCAAAAUUGCAGCUGGAGAGUCAAAUAGCGAUGGAGAGGGAACAGUUUACUAUGCUGUAGCAGUUGUCAGAAAGGACAACGAGGUCAUCAGCAUCAACAACCUCAAGGGGAGAAAGUCGUGCCAUACGGGCAAGGGCCGCACCGCUGGCUGGAACAUGCCCGUUGGGUACCUGAUCGACAGUGGCAGGAUGUCUGUCAUGAGUUGCAACAUUGCAGAAGGAGUGGCGGAUUUCUUCAGCGCCAGCUGUAUCCCGGGUGCGAAUGAAACAGGAGAUCCAUCUAACCUGUGUCAGCUGUGUAUUGGUGAUGAAACGGGACAGAACAAAUGUGCCAGCAGCGACAAGGAGAGAUACUUUUCCUAUAGUGGUGCUUUCAGGUGUCUGGCUGAAAACACGGGUGAGGUUGCCUUUGUAAAACACACUACUGUCAUGGAGAACACUGAUGGGAACAACCCUGCAGCCUGGGCUGCUGGCCUGAGCUCGCAGGACUUUGAGCUGCUCUGCCCAGACGGGAGACGCGCAGCUCCAUUAGACUACAGGAGGUGCAACCUGGCCCGGGUCCCAGCGAGAGGCAUCGUGGUCGGCAGCGGCGUCAACAGCUUGGAGGUCUUCAACAUGCUGGACGAAGGACGGAGGCACUUUAAUAUGUUUUUGUCAGAACCCUUCGGGGGUAAAGACCUGAUGUUCAGUGACACUUCCACACACUUUAUUCUGGCUGAAAGCGAAGACUAUAAGUUGUGGAUGGGACCACGGUACUUCAACAACCUCAGAGCGAUGGACUGCAGCUCAAAAGAUAUUCCACUGCAGCUGCGCUGGUGCGUGCUGUCUCAUGGAGAGCUGCUGAAGUGUGCAGACAUGGCCGCUGCCUUCAAGAACAGGUCUUUGACGCCCAACAUUCAGUGUGUUUCGGGGACGUCCGGCGAAGACUGCAUGCAGAAGAUACAGAACGGGGACGCUGAUGCCAUCACGCUGGAUGGGGGCUUCAUUUACACGGCAGGGAAAACCUACGGACUGGUGCCCGCAGCAGGGGAGAGCUACACAGGCGACGUGGAUGGCAGCAUUUACUAUGCCGUGGCUGUGAUAAAGAAGUUUGGCACGAGCAUCAGCAGCUUCGGUGAUCUGCGGGGCAGGACGUCAUGCCACACGGGCUACGGCAGGACCGCCGGCUGGAACAUUCCCGUGGGCGUCCUCACCGAACAGGGCCUCAUUCGGCCCCAGUCGUGCCAGGUAGCUCAGGCUGCUGGGGCAUUCUUCAAGGCCAGCUGUGUCCCUGGAGCGGACCAGGAGGGCUUUCCCAGUAAUCUCUGUGAGCAGUGCGCCGGUGACGCCAGCGGCCAGAACAAGUGCGUCAGGGGGAAGGACCUGUACGACGGCUACAACGGGGCCUUCAGGUGCCUUGUAGCUGGUGCUGGAGACGUGGCCUUUGUGAAACACACCACCGUUUUCCAGAACACAGAUGGAAACUCCACAGACUCGUGGGCCAUUAACCUGCAGUCGAAGGACUUCCAGCUGCUGUGUUCCCAUGGGUCACGGGCUGAGGUCACCCAGUAUGCCCACUGCAAUCUGGCUCGGGUUCCCUCACAUGCGGUCAUGGUGCGGCCUGACACCAAUGUCCACGUUGUCUUUGGCCUUCUGGAACGAGCCCAAAGAUACUAUGGCAAAGACAUGGCUUCCACCUUCCACAUGUUCGACUCGUCCAGCUACUCGGGGUACGACCUCAUCUUCAAAGACUCCACGGUGAGGAUGAUCGCUGUGGGGGACAGGAAGACCUACGAGGAGUGGCUGGGACAGAGCUAUUUGGAUGCCCUCAGGCUCAUGGAGUGCAGCUCUGCGGCCACGGCUCUGUCUACGUCGCCACACUUGCUCUUGGCCCUGCUUGGCUUCAUGCUCCACCACUUCACCAUGUAACAGGAGUGUACCCUGCCCUCAGUGUGCGCGUGUGGACAACCCUCCAUCUUUCCUUCCUUCCUUCCUUCCUUCCGUAGCUCUUCAGCUUCGCUCAUCGCUGACUCGGAUGCAGCUUGUCAAAUGAAGGUCGUGGUUCUGCACGACGUCGCUGACGCGAGCAGACGCUUUAGGCGUACGCCGGAGGAACGCAACCCCACCAACGGUGUUUCAGAGGCAGAUUAUUGUUCAUUUUUUAGCCUUUAGCUUAACUUGUUGAUCCAAGUGGUUUUGAUCUAACACACUUUGUCUUUGCUUCACCUGUGUGAAAAUGAAUGUUCUCUUCAAAGGCUUUAUGUCAUAAACUGUCCCAAGAGUUGUGUCGGCUGAUGCAGCUCUUCUGUGUACGUGCACAGCAUAUAGCGUUUGUUUUUCUUUAGGGCAAAUGCCAUAUCGGUGUGUAUGCCUUACCUGUUACAGACGUCACUGUUGAGUGUUUCUUUAGGCAUGUAGGUUCUUCUUCACUUAAUGUGAACUACUUGAAGGCACAUGCCAUAUCAGGGAAUAUGCAGUGUCUUGCGUGUUUCAUAGCCAGUGUGACUUAAUGCCAUGUCAGUGAAUAUGCACUAGUUUUGCACUUUUUCUUUCCCGCUUUCUACUGCACAGACGUAAGCGAGGAGGCCUGCUGGCUGUGCAACACACAGACAGAGAUCACAGUUAGAUCUUAUUCCAGGCUCACGUUCAUUAUUCCACUUGUAAAAGUACACCUUAGGCUGGAUACAACAAUCUAGCAUGCAAAACUGGCCGCGGUGAAGACCAUAAAGACGGAGAUGUAAUGAACUGAGGAAGAACUUCACUGAUGAUCACAUGAUGGAGUGAUGCUUUGCUGUCGUAUUGGUGUACAUUGACACCGCACUAUUCACCAUUCCUAGAUUUUUCUUUACCUUCUAUAUGAUGGCAAAUCCUGCAUCAGACUCAAUUUGGAAUGCUUGGUGCACAAUGGUUGAGUAAUUUUUUCAAUAUAUAUUGCUGACAGGUGUUUAGAAUUGAGAUGUCAUUUUCAUAUGAUUUCAACCAGUUGAUAGCAGCACAUGAUGCACCAAAAUGAAGUUACUCACUGUAUACUUGUGUUGCACCUUUGCAGUGGAGACCUCAUAACCUAAAUUUGAUCUACGUGAUUUUCCAUUUAUAUUGUUGACAAAAUUUAUUUUUGUAAGAUUUUCAGGUACCAUAUUGGUGUAAUGUUGAUGCUGUACUGUCUGCUUUAAAAUCUGUACUCCUAGCUUAAAUAUGCAUAAUAUUCAGUUUUUCAGGCUACAACUCUUGCCAAAGUACUACUGCUUAAUUUAAAAAAUUGCAGUUUACAAAUAAACAAGCAUUAGAAAUUUU